AGAGUGGUUAAUUUGAAAAAAUACCAUCAUUGCGCAUUCAAUACGUUAUGUCUCCGUAGAACAAUGAGAUUAGUUAAAACAUUUGCGGCUUAUAGUGAACGGAAACUCCACAGAAGUUUGUUGUGAUCAAAUUCGUGAAAAUAAUCAACUGCGCAUAAUGUACUUAACAAACAGUUCGAAUAUAAUGUGCUUGAUUGUCCUAAUUGUUUCUCUACAUACAGUGGGUGCAAAACGUGUUGAGCAUUCACCAAAACGAAUCAGAUCUCAUUCACCGUUGGAUAUUUAUGAUCGAGAAAUGGCCAUCGUCCGCAUGAAAGAUAGAAUCAAGAAAGUGCUCAACGUGCAAAGCGAAAAUAACACCCUGAACGAGUACAUUUUAUCAGUGUUCAAUGUCGAAAACAUCAACCCUACAUACGUGUUUUUACUGCCAAGUGGUGAAAAGAAUAAGAUUCAUAAGUUGAUUUACCAAAAAAGUGAUUUCUUAGAAGCGGAGUAUCCCAACGUUACGUCACUGAAUAAAUUCAAACGAAGUUUGAAUUCUUCGUACAAUGUGAUAAGUGAUACAGACUUCCUUGGUCAGGAAUCAAAAUCUUCAGCAAAAAGUGCAGAUAGCGAGGAUGCCGAAGACAUUGCGCUGGAAAUUGUUGCAGAUAACAUUCGGACGGAGCGCAACUUUAUCAAAUUUAUGGACGAGUUAAACGAUGAUUUGGAAGAAGAGUUGCAACGGAAAGCAUUGAAAUACAAGCAGAAAUCACACAGUAGUUUGUCUCCGAAGAAAUCACACUUAUUUACACCCUAUACAUACGUGAACAGUCAAACUGUAGGGUGGGAUGAUUUAGGAUUGGAAGGCUGGAGUGGAGGUCUGAGGGAAAUAAAUAGUCAUCGAUACGAUCAUCCAGUGUUGGAAAGGCCCAACCCUGAGGGGAUUCUCCAUGAACCAGUUGUAAGUAUAGAUGCCAGUUUCAAUCCAUUGAAGUACCUCAGGACACCUACUCAUACAGCCACAGUUAAACCAAGCACUGUAACGAAUGGUUCGAUAAACGCUUCGAUUUUUCAAAAAACGAAAAAUCCAGCACUAAUUAUAAGCUCUGAAUUGGAGGAAAAGCUAGAGGAAAUAUACAACAGAACGAAAGCCAUACCAGGCAAGCCUCCACGAUGGCCAAUUACCAACAGCCGUGAUGCUCAUCGAGAUGAGGAUGUCUUUAUAGCCCGUGCUAAUAAUGCAUUCGGACACUCCACUAAAUGGCGUUGGAGUAAUGAGACCGAAGAAAUGGAAAGAGAUUUCGAGGAAGCGAACCCGCAGACACGAGAAGGUCGUUCCAAGCGAGCGGUCUUUAACUUGUAUUCGAUGAUAAAGUGUGCUACGGGCUGCGAUCCCAUCAUAUACAAAGGAUAUGGUUGCUACUGCGGCUUUCUGGGAUCGGGUCAGGCGUUGGACGGAAUAGAUCGGUGUUGCAAAAUGCAUGACCAUUGCUACUCUACGGCAAGAUGCCGCAUGUAUUUAGAGUAUUUUGUACCAUAUCUGUGGAAAUGCUACCGAGGGCGACCAUUAUGUGCAAUUGAUCACGGAGAAUGGGGCGGCCCAAGUUCCUGUGCAGCACGGUUGUGCCAGUGCGAUCUCUCUUUGUCUAAGUGCUUAAGACGUUACCAUUGUCCUGGAAAGCGCAACGUUUGUACGACAUCCCCUCUAAGACUGCUACAGAACUUGAUCAUGGUGUUCUGAACAUCCCACGUGAGUUAACCGAUGCCAAAUAGUUUUACCUUCGUUCAAAUUCCUCAAGUACAAACUAAAACUCUGUAAAUGUGCAAUAAAGUUAAUUUUUUGAUUUAUUUCUAAUGAUAGAAAACAUAA